AUGCAGUCAAAGGAUUCAGAUUCGCAUAAGAAAUUUCCUUCAAAGUCAUGUCCUCUGAGAUACGGAGUAACCAAGAUCCAAGAAGAUGCUUUUCAAUUGUUUCAAGCUGCGUUGCGUGAGUACAUGGGAACAUUUGGGAUCAAACCUCAAGGCAAUAAGCAAGAUACAUGGAGAAUCACAGGUCUUUCUGUUUCAGCGAGUAAAAUUGUGGACAUACCAUCUGGAACAAGCUCGAUAAUGAGAUAUUUUCAAAGUCAACCUACUGUUCCUUCUUGUUCAGAAGACCAAUGUGUGCAAGAACAUGUAGCUACGACUCCCUCGGCUAGUGAAGGUUGUUCAGAACAGAAAUCAGUAGAAACCCAAGCUGCAAUGCCUGAAGAAGACACAAAAGACACUGCCCUAGUCUCUGAAAAGGAUGUAGUCUCUUGUCCAUCAAACGAUGCAACGGAUGUAGCUAGCCAAUCAGAAUCAAACAAAUGCACACAACAAGCAAGGAGAAUUGGACGGAAGAUAAACAACUCGAAAGAAAACAAUUCUGGAAUGCCCUCAAUUGUCGAUAUCUUCAAGAAUUACAAUGCAAGGCCUCCAUCAACUCAGGAAGAUUCCACAGUGUCAUCAACCCGUAAAAGAGCCAACUUCGGUAGCAGCAGUCAUUGUAGUGAAGUGAAUCAAGAGACUGAAGAGAGAAGAGAAACAGAAUGGGGCUAUAAGAUUGAUGAAAUCGAUCAGUCUGUUUUCGAUGAAUUACCGGUUGAGAUUCAACGAGAACUCAGGGGUUUGUUACGGCCAAAUAAGCGGUUGGACACCGGUAAAAGCAAAGGUGAUGGUUCUGCUUCAAGCAUUGCUCGUUUUUUUCCACCAUUGAACAAAUAG